GUGUAUAUAAUUUUCAUAUUUGCUUUUCUCUUUACAUUAAUGUUAGAAACAAAUUAGAAACAAUAAGUGGUAUUUCAAUUGUUUCUAGUUACCUAACCAAUCUGUUUCAAUCUAUUUAUGCAUCAUUGAAGAAGCUGAAUCGUGGUAGCAAGAGAAAUCACUUUCAAGAAUAUUGAGUUUGCCAUGAAAGAAUAUUUGAAUAUUUAUGUUCUUUUCAAGGAAAAGCGAUAAAACAUGCUGGAGGCAGAAUCAAUAAGCACACUAAGCGAUCAUGAAGAUAAUAUUGACGAUUUAGAGGGCUCUAUGGUAUGGUCUCAAGAGGAGCCACUUUCUUCCAACGAAAUACUAGAGUUACCAGCUUCAGAGAAUCAGAGAGAAAAUAUCUUGGCUGCUUUUUGCCGAUUAUGUGCUGGUCAAACUAACAAUCCAAUAUAUAUUUAUUCCGAACUCGGAGAGUCGAUGAAGCUGGCGGAUAAAAUAAAUACAUGCCUAAGUGUGAAGAUUAAAAAGACGGAUCCAUUACCGAAACAGCUCUGUUUGACGUGUGUCGAGAAAAUAAACUGGAGCAACGAGUUUGAUACACAAUGCAUUAAAGCGGAAGAAACUUUAACGAUAAUGCUGAAGGAGAAACAGGCUUUCAAUGUUUCGAAUGAGAGUCAGAUCUUGUCUGAUCGACAGUCUUGUCCUUUAUGUACAGAGGGCUACAUGAAUGUAUGCGAGGAUAUGUUUCAAGAUAUGAAGGGCAUUGAGUUAUACGAGGAAGAAAUAAUUCUAGAAAGCAGCGACGAGGAGAAUAUACUUAAUAAUGCGAAGAUCGACGAGGAAAGCGGGAGUCGUUCCAUUAUGCUGCAAUGUCUGGGAGACAGGCAGAAGUACUUAAAAUGCGGGGCGUGCAUGAAUCUCUAUCACAACAAGGAGACUCUGGAUAAUCACAAGUGCAAACCUAGCGUGCAGGGCACGACAAAGCCGUACAAGUGUCUUCUGUGCGACACGACGUUCACCUUCGAGGAACGAUUAAACUUCCACAUGCAGUUUCACAAAGGCGCGAAGGCGUUGUAUUGCGAAGUCUGCAACAUCACGUUUGGCAAAGAGCUGAAAUUAUUCUAUCAUUACAAGAGAUACCAUUCUACAGAUGUCAGCGUCUCGUGUCUGCAGUGCGGAAAGUUAUUUGAGAGUCAGGAGGCGCUUCGGGUGCACGUUUGCGUCGACGGCAAGAAUCGACCUCACAUCUGCGAGGUGUGCAGCAAAGGCUUCUCCGACGGUUACACCCUGAAGCGUCACAUUGUCACGCACCUGCCCGAGAAGCCCUACAAGUGCUCGCAGUGCUCGAAAAGCUUCACGCAGAAGUCAAGAUUGAACAAGCACGUCGCGAGCCACUGCAUCGUUAUCGAGAGCAACCAGACGGUUUGGAAAUGCAUACAAUGCGGAGAGGCGUUCAUUUCUUGCGACGACGCCGAUGUUCAUUGUAAAGUCCACGACGAGAAGAUAACGCUGAUCGAGGAGCUGUCCACGUCAAAGCUGUAUCAUUGCGAAUUCUGCAACAGUCACUUCACCGACGUGAAUAAUCUGAACGCUCACCAGGACCAGCAUGUGAUCGAGAGACCGUACACGUGUAACACAUGCACGAUCACCUACAAAUCGUUCGCAGAAGCCGUUUUACAUUGGAAGGAACACCCGCGGCUGUUCAAAGUUCUCGUCGUCUUCCUGUGCACCGUCUGCAAUAAGGACAUGAAGGAGUUAUCCCUGCUGUACAAACACAAGCAGAAGAGACACGAUCACGCACUCAGACCGUCCGAGUCGGGUGAUGCGAAGUUCAUCUGCGAGCUCUGCGGAAAUAUAUUCGACACGAGUGAGGACAUACAAAGCCACGGGCGAGAUCAAUGCUCCAAGUUCCCCUGCGACAUUUGCGGCAAUCUGUUGCCCACCGCGAACUCGCUCAACGCUCACAAGAGACGACACAACGGAUUGAGGCCGUACGUUUGCAACAUCUGCGGCAAGAGUUACACUCAGUCGAGUCACAUGUGGACUCACAAGAGAUUCCACAUGGGCGUCAAGCCAUAUGCCUGCGAGUACUGCGAUCAACGUUUCACGAUAAAGCCGGAUCUGGCGGAUCACACUAGAAAGAAGCACACGAGGGAGAGACCGUUCAAGUGCGACGUGUGCAACAAGGCUUUCCUCACCGGCUCCGUGUUCUAUCAGCACAGACUGAUACACCGCGGCGAUCGUAGGUAUAAGUGCCACUACUGCGAGAAGGCCUUCACCAGAACGGAGGCUUUAAACAAUCACAUCAAAAUACACACCGGGGAGAAGCCGCACGCCUGCGAUGUCUGCGGCAGACGCUUCAGGCAGAAAGGCGACAUGAGAAAACACAGACGCACUCAACAUAGUUCCAAGCAAGAGACAACUUGAAAGCUAUCACAUUGGAUGUAAAUCAAUCUUUCAUCGUUACACAUUUCUAUUUUAAUUAUUCUAUUUUAAUUAAGUUAUAUUCUGUACAAAAUAUAUUUGUGCA